GACUUCUGGCCCAUAACUACCUCUGAACCCAGUAAUCCUUGAUUGACUGACUAAUAUGAUUACUUGCUUCUUUAUUGUACUAUGGCUCCUCUACGUUAAGACCUUGGCCAACUCUCUGACUCUAUCUAUCGGAAUAGCUCCAUCUUGUAUUCGGAAAUGGCGCUUAUUUACAUGUCUUAAGCAACUCAGUGCUGGACGCGUGACUGCCUCCUUUGGAUCGGUCAAGUUACCUUUCAUCAGCCAAGUCAGAAAAUGACAUGUUUUUGU